CGAUUAUUUACUUAUCAUUCAUUAUAGAAACUUGUUUACAAUCACUUUAUUUGUGCUUCUUUUUUUUUUUUCCUUACAUCAUCCAACUCUUUUUUUCAUUAUUCUCUAUUUUCUUAAAAAAAAAAAAAACUACGUUAGAAGGGAGAGCGGAGUUGGGCAAGAUGUGAAAGAAAAAAAAACCCUCCCCCCAAUUUCUAAAUUUUUCCUCUUUUCUUUUCCACAACGUAUCAUCAUGUCCGAGUUUCAUUCCCUUGCCAAUCUUAUUAAACGCUUAGAAGUGGCUACUACAAGAUUGGAAGACUUGGCCAUGUCUUCUUCUUCUGCUUCUGCUGUUGCUGCUUCUUCCAACAAUCAAACUUCUGCCCCUCCAACAGCUACCUCAUCCACACCUGUUGCUGUUCAAAAACAUGAUGACGCUAUUAACCCUUCUUUGGAACAAUAUAAGAAACUUUCUCAAGAAAUUGGUGGUGCUGUUGCUCAACAAAGUACUUUGGUACUCGAAGCUAUUCAAGCAGAACGUGAUAUUAUUCGUAUUUCUACUUUGGCUCAAAAACCUGAUAUGUCUUCUCCUGUUUUCGCCAAAAUUAUUACACCCAUUCAACAAACUCUUACUUCUAUUGUGGAAAUCAAGGAUAAACAUCGUGGUGAUCCUCUCUUCAACCAUCUUUCUACUGUAGCUGAAGCUAUUCCUGCAUUGGGUUGGUUUACUUUUGAACCCACACCUGUACCUAUUAUUCGCGAAAUGAAAGAUGCUGGACAAUUUUAUGCUAAUCGUGUAGUCAAGGAAUACAAAGAGAAAGAUUCAAAGCAUGUGGAAUGGGUUCAAAGUUACUUGGCUAUUUUUGAUAGACUUGGUGAAUAUGUCAAGGAAAACUAUCCUACUGGAUUGAUUUGGAAUGGAAAAGGUGGUAAGGCUGAAGAUUAUAUUGGAAAUACUUCAUCCAGUAAUCCUUCAUCAACCCCUACUACUACUACUGCUGGUGGUCCUCCUGUUCCUCCUCCUCCACCUCCUCCUAUGAUCAUUGAUGAAAACGAAUCAUCCGUCGAAUCCAAACCUACUGGUGCUGCUGCAGUGUUCGCCGAAAUCAAUCGUGGUGAAAACGUGACCUCAGGUCUUCGCAAGGUGGACAAAAGCCAAAUGACUCAUAAAAAUCCUGCUUUACGUGGAAACGAUAACAGUCCUCCUUUGGGAAAGAAACAAGGUCCUCCUACUCCAAACAAACCAAACAAGUAUAUUCUCAAGAAACCUGCGAAAACCACUUUGGAAGCUAACAAAUGGGUGGUGGAAAAUCAUGAAGGAAAUAACGAAAUCAUUAUUGAAGACACAGCAAUCAAUCAAGCUGUCUAUAUUUAUGGUUGUAAAAAUUCUACUAUUCGUAUCAAAGGAAAGGUCAAUGCUGUCACUAUGGAUUCAUGUGUCAAGUGUGGAUUGGCUUUGGAUUCUGUAGUGUCAACAGUAGAUAUUGUCAAUUGUCGAUCGUUUGGUUUACAGAUCUUCCAUGUCACUCCAACCAUUGCUGUCGAUAAAUCAGAUGGUGGUGAAAUUUACGUAUCAAAGGAUUGUUUGGGUGUGGAAAUCUUAUCUGCUAAAUCAAGCUCAUUGAAUGUCUAUAUGCCUGAAAGUCCUGAUGCUGAUGAUUCUGAUUUCAAGGAAGUGCCUGUACCUGAACAAUUCAAAACUACUAUUGUCAAUGGAAAAUUGGUGACAUCCACAGUGGAACAUACUGGAUAAACUACUUUACUUCUCUCUUUGAACACUGUAGAUUUAGGUAUAUUGUUUUUUGUUUUUUUUUUUUGUCCUCUUUGAUAUAUAUAUAUAUAUUUAUACACUUUAUGAUCUCCU